UUCCUCUUUUUCCAUUAAAAAUAGAAAGAAACAAACCCUAGAAAACCCCCCACGCACUUGCUUCAAAUCUACUGACCGUUUUGUCCCUUGGGCUCUUCCUUCUCUGUCUCUCUCUAUCUCUCUGUGAAACGAUGAGAACACACUAGCGAAAAGGUCCGUCUCUGCGCGAACCCAAGGCACAGCGAGCGAAAUACGUUGUGGGUUUGGAGGAAAGAAGAGAUUUUUUUCUUUUUCGUUUCGGAUGGGUUGCUUUCUUGGUUGUUUUGGUUCCUCCAAAGAUGGGGGGAAGUCAAGGAAACGGAGUCGGAACAAGGUUCAGCCUCGUGACCGCCAAAGAAUUGUCAGUUGUACGCCUGUGCAAUCUGCUGUCCCUCAGGGCGCCUCCGAAAAUCCCACCAACAACUCCGUUUCACAAGUCCAGGAUGAGCCUGAGAAAGAGUUGAGCUUUAGGACCAGAAAGAAAGUAACAUUUGACUCCAAUGUCAAAACCUAUGAACGUGUCUCGUGUGAUGAAGCUCUGGACUUUUCAAUGGAGAGUGAAGGCAAGAAGAGGGAGGAGGAAAAUCUAACAAAAUCAAACCAAUCUAAGUCCUCCUCAGAAGACAGUUCGAUCACGUCAAGCUCGGGACCUUAUCCUCCGAAUCAUCGGUACCAGAAUUGGAGGGACAGUGAUGAUGAGUAUGAAGGACUAGACCAUGAGGAUAGUGAUCUUGAUUAUGAAGAAGAUGAUGAUGACGAGGACGAGGAGGAGGACGAGGACGAGGGACUAGAAGUUAAUGGUUUAUUUGAGGAUGAUGAUGGAAAACCGAGGAGAACUACUUCUGCAGCUCAUGUUUUUACUGGGGAGGUCGAUAGUUCUGUGCCAAUAUGUGGUUUACAUGAUGGGGGGGAUGCGAAGCCAGUUGGAUCUAACCCAUAUGCUCGAGAUAGAAGUCUGUAUGUUCAUCCUGUGCUGAACCCAGUAGAAAAUCUUACUCAGUGGAAAGCUGUUAAAGCUAAAGGGACACCACCAUUGAGGCCUUUGAAAGAGAAUCUUGUCUCAAAUGAAGAACAGAGAGCUUCUUUUGGUUCAGAGCCAGGUUUUAAGGAAUUGUCAUUCAGUUUCAAGUCAAAAACCGAUCAAGCCAAGAAGUCAAUGCAAGAAAUAGCAGUUGAUACUAGCUUAUCCAACUGGUUGGUUUCAUCUGACACGCCUCCCGUCAAUAAGACUAGCACAAUUGGUCCUAAUACCACCUUCACGCCCGAGAAUAGCAUGUCACCAGGAUCAAAUUCAUGGAGGAGCCACGAUGAUAGACCUAUUUUAGGAGCAUUAACUGUCGAAGAGCUCAAACAGUUUUCAGCUUCUUCUUCACCAAGGAAGUCUCCAAGUAGAAGCCCUGAUGAGAUGCCCAUAAUAGGAACUGUCGGGACCUACUGGAAUCACACCGCCAAGGAUUCUGGCUCUGUCUCUUCCUACAAAGGAAUUCCUAACACAACCAGCAAGUACAGAGAGGAUAAGAGAGUGAAUUGGCACUCUACCCCAUUUGAGACUAGGUUGGAGCGGGCUUUGAAUAGGGGUGUUGCUUAAUCUAUCUCUUCUCAUACUCCUGGUGUACGUUAGAAAACAAGCUUGUGUGUGAUAUCGGGUGGGAGAUUUGUUGUGUUUCUAGCAACUAUAUAUGUCAAUUCUUUUGUGAAGGUCAAUUUGGUUGUGUGACAUUCGUUUGCUAUUGUAAUUUCUUGACUGUUUAAUACAAUUCGAUUUAUUCUUUUGGUUCA